AUGGCUACCGACGACGAUAACUUCGACAUUGACAUCUACGGCGACGGCACUUACAAUGCCAAUGAGCCCGGAGAUUUCAAGCAGGAUUCCGAGCUUGUUCUGGAUGCUCCCGAGAACCAGCCCGAGUCCGGCGCCGGAUCAUCCAACGCCGUCAAGCAGGAGACCCCUGCUCCCGCUCAGACCCAGCAGGUGAACCCGGCGAACAACAAUGGAGCUCAGCCAGCACCUCAGCAGCCCGCACUCAACCACGGUCUGCCUGCUCCCCCCCAGGGAAUCAAGCGCAAGGAAUACGAUGAUCAAUCCGUGGAUCCCGAUGCCACCACUGCGUUGCUGAUUUCUGAAUUGACCUGGUGGACAACUGAGGACGAAGUCCGAAGCUGGUCGAAUCAGGUCGGAGUUGAGGGCCAGCUGAAGGAUGUGACCUUCAGCGAGCACAAGGUGAACGGCAAGAGCAAGGGUCAAGCAUUUGUUGAGUUCACCACGGCUCAGGCGGCGACUGCAACUAAGCACAACAUUGAGAGACAAAAUACCCCCAAGCGCAAGUACACCGUUCACUACACCAGCCCUCACCAGAAUCCCUUCAAGACCCUCCCCAAGGAUACCCCGAUGCGCAAUGCCGGCGGUCGCGGCGGUGGUGCUGUCCACAACCCUAAUGGCAACCCCAACUACGGCAUGAACAACCACACUGGCGGAUUCCGCGGCGGCCGAGGCGGCUUCGGCAACCGCGGCAUGGGCGGUAACAUGAACAACAACUUCAAUAACCGCAACAACUUCAAUCCCAUGGGUGGAUUCCAAGGUGCCGCGCCCAACCCCAUGAUGGGUGGCUUCCAGGGCGCCCCGAUGGGGGGCAUGCAGAACUACGGAUUUAACAAUCGCGGCAACAUGAUGGGUGGCAUGCGCGGCGGUGCUGGUAUGCGUGGCGGUCGUGGUGGAAACAUGGGCGGUGCUCCGAUGAUGGGUAUGCCUGGUAUGACUCCCCCCAUGGGUGGCAUGGGCAUGAACCCGAUGGCUGGUAUGAAUCCCAUGAUGGGUGGCGGCAUGCCCGGUGGCAUGGGAGGCAACAUGCCAAUGCAAGGACAACAAGGUUUCCAGGGCCCCAACCCCGGAUUCAAUCAGGGCUACUACAACCCUAACCCCAACAACCAGGCUGGUGGCGCCGACGCAGGUUCUUGGAACCCCCACGGCGCGAAGCGUAGCCGCCAAGACUAA